AUGAAGCUUCCAGCAACCCAAUACCAAGACCGUGAUGUUCGCAUCAGCUUCCUGGAUUCAGGACAAAAUGGACCUCGAUGGUACUCGGAGAUUGGCUCAGACGCUCUCAAUAUCACUGACCAGAGAAAGCCUACAAUGCGUCUCACAUGGUAUACGGAUACGGAAUAUCUGGCUAUGAAACACAACAUCCUCCACGAGUUCGGCCAUAUGCUCGGUGCACUCCAUGAGCAUUGCUCCCCAGAUUUCCCCUUUGAGUGGAAUUGCCAGGCAAUAUACCACGACUACGAGGUUUAUAUUCGGAGAGAAAUUCAGAGAACCGGGCAGAGCUUGACACCGAGUCAGAUUACAAGUCGCGCUCAGCAGAGGGCGAAUGACGAUAUAAUAAAAAAACCUAAUCGACAUAAUUUGCGCUGUUCUACAUUCGAUGACCAGUCAGUAAUGCUAUAUACAAUUGAGAAGCGUUGGCUGCAGCCCAAUAUUUCAGACUACCCACCGAGGCGGACGCUUGGGAAGAAUUAUAAUCUGUCUUAUUUUGAUGGGGCUUUGACGAGAAUUUUGAUGGGGCUUUGA